AUGUUCCUCCCUCACGAAGUGAUGGGCUCCAUCUACGACUUCGACCCUCAGCUGUUUCACAAGUUCUUCGGGUUCGUGCUCUAUUCUGAGGCCCUUUGGGAUGCAGAAGAUUUCAUCGUACCUGUACGAUUGUACGGAGACGGAGCUGAAAGCUACCGUACUCAGAACUUCGAGAUCUUCCUUUUACAGUCCGUGCUGGGGGAGGGCUCGCAAAGGGCAAAAGCCGGCCGCCGCAUUUGUGGAGACUACAGGAUCGUUCUGGAUGCUUUCCAGAUGGACCAAGAGUUCAUCACGAAGUGUUUUCGGUUGCAGAGCUUCUCGUCUGUAACUUUAGGGUUUAGGGCUUAG